AUGUCAAAUUCAUCAAGAUGUGCAGCUUGCAAAUAUUUGAGAAGAAGGUGUCCCCAAGAUUGCAUAUUUGGUCCCUACUUUCCUUCAACUAAUAUUGAGAGAUUUGCUUGUGUUCAUAAAAUCUUUGGAGCAAGCAAUGUUGCCAAGAUGUUAAAGGACCUUCCGGAGGGAAGGAGGAGGGAGGCAGCAGAAAGCCUAGUAAUGGAAGCGAGGUUUCGGGUUCAAAACCCGGUGUAUGGAAGUGUUGGAAUAAUUAAUCAACUAAGGCUACAAAUAAUGGAAGCUGAAUAUGAGUUGGCUAAGACCGAAGGUCUAAUAGCAUUGUAUCAUGCACAAGCACAAUGUGUUCAUAAUCACCAAAAUAGCGUAUUACAACCAAUUGAUGGCAUAACUUUCACUCCUCAAAAUCAAGAUGGUCAUUCUUUACUAUUGGGCCCACAACAAGAACAAACCACAUCAUCAUCAUUUAUAGAUGACUUCACUACUCAUGAACCCUUCUUGUACUAUUAGUUAACUACCACCGUUAUUAUAUACCGCUCAUAUGAACUAUUAGUUAACUCUU